AUGGCCGGCAUGGAUGAUUUUGUAAGCGACUCAGACAGUGACUACACCAGUUACUGGAGGGAUUGGUUCAUCUCGUCGCGCGGCAACGAAUACUAUUGCGAAAUCGAUGAAGACUACCUGACAGACCGCUUCAACCUGACGGGACUGAACACCGAGGUUCAGUACUACCAAUACGCGCUCGACCUGAUCACGGACGUGUUCGACCUCGACUGCGACGAUGAGAUGCGCGAGACCAUAGAAAAGUCGGCGAGGCAUUUGUAUGGACUUAUUCACGCUCGGUAUAUCGUCACUACGCGCGGCCUGGCAAAGAUGCUGGAGAAGUACAAGAAAUGCGACUUUGGAAAAUGCCCCCGCGUGAUGUGCCAUUCCCACCCCCUCCUCCCGAUGGGCCUCUCGGACGUGGCCAACCAAAAGGCUGUCAAGCUCUACUGCGCCCGUUGCGAGGACAUCUACAACCCCAAAUCAACCCGCCACUCGGCCAUUGACGGGGCCUAUUUUGGGACCUCAUUCCACAACAUCCUCUUCCAGGUCUAUCCCGCUCUGGUGCCCCCCAAGACCACAGAGCGGUACGUUCCCCGCGUCUACGGAUUCAAGGUGCACGCCGCGGCUGCCCUGGUGAGGUGGCAGAACAAGGAGAGGGGGGAGAUGAGGAGGAGGUUGCGGAAGAUGGAGGUUGACAGCGGCUUUGCCAAGGUGGACGGGGAGGACGACGAUGAGGACGAAGAGGAGGAGGACGAAGAGGAGGAGAUGAUGGAGGAUGCUAUGGAUCACAACCCUGCGGCGGUGGUGCAAUACCGGGGUGCUGGAGAGGUCGCUACACUGCAGUGA